AUGAAUUCCAAGGACAGAUUAACUAAUAUUUAUGUCGAUUUCAUAAAUACAUGUGUGAAAACUUAUCGAUCAAUUGCUCUGCAUCCUGCCAUUGUUUCAGCAACAAUUUUAAAAGAAAAUGAUAAUUCAGAUAUUAUUAAAAUUUUCUCCAAGUGGAGUCAGAGGAAUUUAGAAAAGGGAGAGAUAACUUAUUUUCAAAGACAACAUAUACUUGCAAAGUCAAAUAAUUCUGUCUUUGAGACUUUUCCUGUUGAUAUUUCUCAAGAAGAUUUUUACAAAUAUUCUUCAUCUGAAAAAUUGUACUGUAUAAUAAGAAAAAUAAAACAAGAAAAUAAAAAAAAAACAUUUUUAGAAAUAUGGAACACAAAAGGAUUGUUCAAAAACUUUGAUAUCAAUGCUUUCGACAUUCAUGGUGAUAUUUAUUGUGAUGUUAAAUUUGGUUCAUUGGAAUGGUCACCAAAUGAAGAUAAGAUAUUGUAUAUAGCGGAAAAAUUGUCGAAGAAAAGUGAACCGUUUUAUAAACAAAAGUCAAAAAAUGAAGGUUCAAAAAAUUAUAUAAAGAGUUUAGAAGAUGUCUCAUUGGGUGAUGAAUAUAUAUACAAACCAGAUUGGGGUGAGCAAUUAAUUGAAAAACAUCAAUCAAUUAUUGGAAUGUGUGACAUUGCUUCAGAGACAUUAGAAGUUGUCGAUGGGAUUCCAUCACAUUAUUCGCCAGCACAAGUUUUAUGGUCUAAAGAUGGCAACGAUAUCUAUGGUGUUGUUUUCGAAAAUGAGCCUAGACGUUUAGGUUUAAUUUAUUGUACUAAUCGAGAAAGUUAUAUUUUUUGUCUAGAUUCUAAGGGAGAAUUCAAAAUAUUAUCCGAACCUCAAAAAUCAGUUCAUUCUCCUCGUUUAAGUUUAGAUGGAAAAAGUCUUUUCUGGUUACAGAGAGCAGUUGGAGGUGCUCAUGGGGGCUGUCAUCAGCUCAUUAAAAUGAAUCUUGUAACCAAAGAGAAAGAAGUUAUGAUUGAUAUCAUUAAAAAGGGAGAUGAAAAAUUCUCAGGAUUAUACUUGCAAAGUUUACCAACGAAAGAUGUUUUUCAAAAAAUGGGUGAUGAAUAUAUAUACAAACCAGAUUGGGGUGAGCAAUUAAUUGAAAAACAUCAAUCAAUUAUUGGAAUGUGUGACAUUGCUUCAGAGACAUUAGAAGUUGUCGAUGGGAUUCCAUCACAUUAUUCGCCAGCACAAGUUUUAUGGUCUAAAGAUGGCAACGAUAUCUAUGGUGUUGUUUUCGAAAAUGAGCCUAGACGUUUAGGUUUAAUUUAUUGUACUAAUCGAGAAAGUUAUAUUUUUUGUCUAGAUUCUAAAGGAGAAUUCAAAAUAUUAUCCGAACCUCAAAAAUCAGUUCAUUCUCCUCGUUUAAGUUUAGAUGGAAAAAGUCUUUUCUGGUUACAGAGAGCAGUUGGAGGUGCUCAUGGGGGCUGUCAUCAGCUCAUUAAAAUGAAUCUUGUCACCAAAGAGGGUGAUGAAUAUAUAUACAAACCAGAUUGGGGUGAGCAAUUAAUUGAAAAACAUCAAUCAAUUAUUGGAAUGUGUGACAUUGCUUCAGAAACAUUAGAAGUUGUCGAUGGGAUUCCAUCACAUUAUUCGCCAGCACAAGUUUUAUGGUCUAAAGAUGGCAACGAUAUCUAUGGUGUUGUUUUCGAAAAUGAGCCUAGACGUUUAGGUUUAAUUUAUUGUACUAAUCGUGAAAGUUAUAUUUUUUGUCUAGAUUCUAAGGGAGAAUUCAAAAUAUUAUCAGAACCUCAAAAAUCAGUUCAUUCUCCUCGUUUAAGUUUAGAUGGAAAAAGUCUUUUCUGGUUACAGAGAGCAGUUGGAGGUGCUCAUGGGGGCUGUCAUGAGCUCAUUAAAAUGAAUCUUGUAACCAAAGAGAAAGAAGUUAUGAUUGAUAUCAUUAAAAAGGGAGAUGAAAAAUUCUCAGGAUUAUACUUGCAAAGUUUACCCGAAAGAUGUUUUUCAAAAAAUGGUUUAAAAUUAUUUUUCAGUUCUUUGAACAGAAAUAGAAUUGUAUCAUAUUAUUUAGAUUUAGAAACAAAAAAAAUUCAUCAGUUAAAUACUACUGAUGGAAGCUCUACAAUUUUAGACGUACAUAACGAUAUAAUUUUAAUAUCCACGGCUAAUUUUAAAAAACCUCCAAGUUUAGAAUUUUCAAAAUCUUUAACAGACUUAAAAUGGAUUCCUGUUACUCGUUCAGAAAGUAUUAAUGAUAAUUUUAUGUACAAAGAAUUAGAAUUUCAACUCUCGGAAAAUGGCAAUGAAAAUACAUUUAAUUAUUACAACGCUUUCUAUUAUGGGCCACCUUCGAGCGAAACUAAUAAAAUGAUACCGUUAAUAGUUUAUCCUCAUGGGGGUCCGCAUUCAGCAGUUUUUAACGAUUUUUCCAUCGAAUUUAAUUUUUUUGUAAGCCUAGGCUAUGGUAUUUUGGCUGUUAAUUACAGGGGUUCAACAGGCGUGGGACAAGAUGGUGUAGAUUUUUUAAGAGGAAAAAUAGGAGAUACCGAUGUAAAAGAUAUGCAAAAUGCCGUCCACGAAAUUUUAAGAACCUUUUCCUUUUUGGAUAAGAAUAAUAUUUUCCUGUACGGUAAAUCAUUCGGAGGUUUUUUAGUUGGACAAUUGAGCGGACAACAUCCGGAAUUUUAUCGUGCUGUAGUAAAUGUUAAUGGAGUUACCGACGUUUACUCAAUGUAUACAAUGUCCGAUAUUCCCGAUUGGUCAAGCGCUGAAACGAAUUUGGAAUUCGACGAAAGUAAACCUUUAACAUUAGACGAUGUAAAUAAAAUGGUAAAAGUAUCGCCGAUUCAAUUAAUAGAAAAAAUAAAAACUCCUACUUUAUUUUUGGUAGGAAAAAAAGACUUGAGAGUACCUUUUUAUCAAGGUGUUAGAAUGUAUAACGCUCUUAAGGCAAGAAAAGUCAAAGUUAGACUUAACAUGUAUGAUGGUAAUCACACAUUAGGAGGAGUUCCCGUUCACAUUGAUGGCUUAAUAAAUACCGCUCUUUGGUUCGAGGAAAAUAAAUUAAAAUAA